UUAAAAUGGGUAAAAGCAAACGUAAACGCAGUGGUAGUGUCACGAAAAACAGUGGUACAUCAGCACACCAGCAAGGUAAUAAGAAUGACGGUAAACCCGUGAAAAAUCCACACAACAACAGACGGAAAAGCAGCACGACGAAACCUUGCCAAAACAAACAAGAACAAAAUAUAACAAAUGGACCAAGUCUCGAUGAAACUAAACCUGAGCAUCAACAAUCUCAAGAUGGUCGUGAUGAUCAAGUGAAUAUUCAAAAUUCUGAUUCCAUGAAUGAUUUUCAACAUUCAUGUAUAGUCGACUACUCUGUAGCAAAGGAAGAAUUAUCAAGCCAUUGCUCCGGGGAGAACCCGCAUGAGGGAUUAGAGGAAAAUCAUGCGCGAGUGCCUGAAAAGAAGGAGCUUAGGCAACGAGAAGUAGAAAAUAAACUGUGCCCAAGAAAUCCCGACGAAUCGGUGCUUAACAAUUGUAAACCAAUUAAAAAAGAAGAAUUGGAGCACAACGAAGGACCUGUGAAUGUAGACUUUGUUCUCGAAAACGAUGGUCUCAAAAAAGAACUGUCUCCAGUAGAAACGCGUCAUCACGUGGCCGUUGCAACAUCUAAUUCGAUAACUUUGGAUGCGAUAAAUUUCAAGAAUACUUGUGACGUUCAGGACAAAAAUAAAAAUUCAUUUGACUUCGACGCAGCGAUUCAUAUUUCAAAUGACGCCUCAAGUAACGACAUUACCGCACCACAUACAAGCAUUACAGAUGAAAAACUGGACCCUAAUGAAGAUGUUAAUGAGUCUAGACCAACAUUAAGUGAAAAUUCAAAUAAUUUAGAAUCAGCAUUUUUGCGUAACGUUUCUGAAUCCUCCGACGAUGUUUUUGACGAGCCCAGCGUUACUGAUAACGAACUGCAAUCAUGUGUAGGCAGUUCCGAAUCUGCGAUCCAAGGAAUGAGCAAUGGUAAUGGGGCGAGCGCAUUGGACUAUAACGCUAACAUCGCAUUAUACAACUCAUGUAAUGGGUUGAAUUCCAGGUCUGGUGAUGAAUACUCGGAUUCUGAAGAAACACAUCCAAGCGUUGAAAAGAUACCUACAGAAACUUCUCAGGGAGGACAGAAAGGACAGACAGCCACUCCUCCCUCAGCAGCUGCUGUGGUAGCUGGGUUGUCAGGAGCAGGCAGCUCUGGAACACUGCCAGUUGUGCUUGACAUUGCCACUGAUAUCAGCCCCUGCGCUUCACCCGAGCCCUGUGCCCGAGCACGACUGUCUUCAGGUGCUACUCGAGUGUCUGUGCUACCUUCUUCUCUCGAUCCUAAAGAGUCCGAGUACGAGAGUGCAGAGGAGCUUGUUGGGGACACUACAUCUGUGGGAGAACUUACAUUUGCCGAAGAACCUGCACCUGCCGAAGAACCAAGGUUUACGGAAGAAUCUACAUCCGUUGAAGGAUCUACAUCAGCCGGAAAACCUGCAUCUGUUGAAGAAUUUGAACCGGCUGAAGAACCUGCUCUUGCACCUGCUGAAGAACCUGCAUCAGCCGGAGAACCUGCACCUCCCGAACAACCUGCACCUGCUGCAAUACUUCAACCUACAUCUGCCGAAGGAUCUACAUCUGCUGAAGAACCUGAACAAAAACCUGCACCUGCUGCAACACAAGCUAGUAGUGCAACUGAAGUAAAAUCACACGAAUCAUCAGCUGUAACUCCUGAACUAGCACGUGCAUGUCUUGAACGACCUGCCACGCCUGAACCUGAAGCUGCCACACAUGAAGCAGCUGCUACACUUGAACUAGAAAUCGCUACACUUGAAGCAGCUACCGCCCUUGAACUGAACGCUCUUCCUAUCCAAGCUUCAGCAGCACCUUUACUAGAAACUGCCGCAGUUGUAGCCGCUGCAGCACCUGAUAUAGCUACAGCAGGGGCUUCAGCUGAUCCUGCUACAGCUUCUGCAUCAGUUUAUCUCGCUGCAGCUGCUGAAAGCAGUGCAUCUGGUCUCAGCAGAGGCGUGCCACAGCAGUCAGAGUCUCUCGAUCAGUCCGAGUUUGAACUCAACGAGCAACAAGUGCGCGGCCAGGACGAGGAUCUGAAAUUUUCCUGUGCUCAAGAGCUAACGGUAAAUCAAGAGUUAGCUCUUAGUCAAGAGCUAGCCUCAAGUCAAGAGCUUGCUUUAAAUCAAGAGCUAGCAUUAAGCAAAGAGCUUGCUUUAAGUCAAGAUCUAGCAUUAAGCCAAGAGCUUGCCCUGAGUCAAGAGCUUGCCUUAAGUCAGGAGCUAGCAUUAAGUCAAGAGCUUGGUCUCAGUCAGGCCUCUGGCAAGAGCCAAAAGACCUCACAAUCUCCUGACUUCACCACUCAAAGAAAUGAAGAAAUUCGUGGAGAAAAUCCUGAUGCUUCUUCCAGCGAUGCAACAGUAGUUCGAGUUGCUGAAACUCCUGUUGCGUCAGUAGAGGCACCAGUUGCGUCAGUAGAGGCACCUGUUGCGUCAGUAGAGGCACCUGUUGCGUCAGUAGAGGCACCUGUUGCGUCAGUAGAGGCACCUGUUGCCCCAGUAGAGGCACCUGUUGCGUCAGUAGAGGCACCUGUCACACCAGUAGAGGCACCUGUUGCGCCAGUAGAGGCACCUGUUGCGCCAGUAGAGGCACCUGUUGCGUCAGUAGAGGCACCUGUUGCGCCAGUAGAGGCACCUGUUGCGUCAGUAGAGGCACCUGUUGCGUCAGUAGAGGCACCUGUUGCACCACUAGAGGCACCUGUUGCGUCAGUAGAGGCACCUGUUGCGUCAGUAGAGGCACCUGUUCCUCAGGAAAAUGUGCCGAAGGACAGCGAAACCAGCUUCCCCGAUGAAGAGCUGCCGUUGGUGCCGAAAAAAUCCUACAAUUUAGAUUUUUUGGACCGCUUGGACGACCCAAAUUUUAAUCCUUUUGGGACUAAAAGCUCGAUACGUAAUAGCCCUCCCCCCAGCCCCCGCGUCGGCCUCCCCCCGCUGAAACCUGCAGUUUUGAAGAAAGGAACAAGGAAGGAAAAACCUGCUGAUACAAAAUCCGCCGAUUCUGGUUCGUCCUCCGGCAAGGACGAAAAAGAAACCGCGGUAAAGGAGUUUCCAAAAGUCAUUAACAACUCCGGCUCUGGAAAUUCGGACCCUCAAAUUCCGGUUCCAGAAGACGAAGCUUCAGGUAACGUCAAGAAGACAACGUCUCAGGCUCAAUCAAAACGCAUUGUAAGAAAACCUCCUCUGAAAUCGCGAUCUAAAGCGCCUUCAGUGACCAAGCCUAAGUUAUCCGGGGAUUUGACGAAUAAAGGUCAAGAAUUAAAGGCAUCUGACGACACUUUUUUGGCGUCGAGCAGUGUUGGGGUGAUACAUAAUAUUGUUUCUGUAGACAAUCAUAAUAGUAUUGAUGCUGAGAGCAGUGAUAAAGUUCCUAAUAAAACAAGUUUAACGGCUGUCGAUAAAGAAGAAGUUAUUGCGCCAUCUAAAGGCUAUAAUCUUGAUUUCUUGGACAACCUCGACGACCCGAAUUUCAAUCCGUUUUCUAGCAAGAAAAGUUUUAGAAAUUCUCCACCACCAAGUCACGAAUUCACCGAGUGCAUUUCUUCUGAUGUUCUAGAGAAAAAUCUCUUUAAUAAUAAAAUCUCUGUCAAAUCUCAAGAGCAAUCUGAAAUUUCUAAGGGCGUUGUUACUGAAAACCAUGUAAUAUCUUCAAAUUCAACACAAAGUACAAACGACGUUGUUUUAUUGAAGAAUGAACUAGAAGAAAAUCAUGAUAAAAUAGAAAUUAGUUCUUGUAAAUUAGAAAAAUCAGUUCAACCUACGGAAUCUAACUCCACUAAGAACCCUGCUGGCCUCACAGAGAAAAUUGUGAACUCUAACAAUCCCGAUUCAGCCGCUGCUCAGAGGCCGAAACUCACGACAUCCCUUCACAGGAUCCCUUCUUUUGGGACGAUCAGUGCGAGUUUGUUGGAGAGCCAAGAGUUCGAUCAGCUUCUGGGUUCUGAAGCCAGCAAACUUGCCGAAGAACUUGCCAGUUUUUCCUUAGAUUCAAACAAAACUUAUGACGUAAAAAGAUCAGGAACUUGCGAUAAGAACCUUUUAGGUGCAAACGAAAUUGCGGAAACAGAAGAAAAUUUUACGGAUUGCCUGGAUCCCGAAAAUUUCGAAAUGUCAUCAAGCCGCUACGGACGAGCACCCCCGUCCCGCAGGUCCCUGAACCUGGAGGGGGGGAAUGAGUUCAGAGGAACACAGCUGAGCAGGUCCCCGCCCUCUGUGGGGGUGAGAAGGCCCGUGAGUGUUGGGGGUGCGGCCGACCCCUUCAUCCCCACCCGCACCCUCAGGCGGGAUGACGACGACGAGGGCGGCACGGCGAGCCUUGACUCAGGCCUAUCGAUGCAUUACUACGGCGACGCUGCCCCUGCUGCUGCUGGUGGGGGCGACGAAGACAACCACAGCGAGGCGGGGCCUGACAUCGCUACUGGCAUCACACCUUCUGAUCUGCAGGCCGCUUCUCAGUUGGAUGAACUCGAGCUCGUAGCGGUCGACCACCUCGGCGAUGACGACUUCCUGUCUCUCUCAUCCAGAGUUUUCAAAGACGCCCAAGACAUGAAACAGCAGCUAAGACGGACCUUUGGACCUGCUAUAUUUAGCAAAGGCAGCGAUGACAGCCAUGGGCAAAUCGACAAAGAUAAAAGCUCGGUGCCUGCGCCCCCCCGAGAGGAGCGGUCUGCCCCCGAGGGUACGAGCAGCCCCACCCCCCGCCCCCAGGAAGCUGCCCCCCAGCACCCAGAGGGCUACCUCACCCAGGCACAGGCCGACCCUAACUUGAACAAGCGGGUUGACGCGUUGCUCAAGCGCCAAGAAGCUCAGUUCGAGGACCGCCUGCAGCGUAUGAGCCUCUGUACGAGCGAGAAGGAACAGCAUUUGCACGUCAAGAUGAAGGAGGAACAAAAGGAACUUGCCGAGCUGCGAGCUGCUGUCGUCGAGGUUACACAAUCCAGGGAAGCUCUCCUCAAGAUGCUCGAACAAUACAAGGAAAUGCUGGCAGCUGUAGUUAAAGGCAAGAGCACCAUGGAUAAAGAUACUGAGCAGAAAAUCAAAGAUCUCGAGGCUCAGAAGCAACAAGCUCUUGAGGAUCUCACUAACGUCGAGGCUGCAUUCUCCGACGUCCACAGAAAAUACGAGCGGACGAAGCAAGUUGUGGAGACGUUGAGGCGGAAUGAGGAGAGCUUGAAGGGCGCCGUGUCGGACUACGAAGCCAAACUCAAGAGGCAGGAAACAAACCUUAUCUCCUUCCAGCAGCACGCAGAGGAGAAGAUGCAGCAAGCGAGUGACGAGUACGACAAACUGAAGAAGAACACCGACCAAGAGCUGACCAAGAUGGGCGCGUUGCUGAAGAAGGCCGAGAUGAAGAUCAUCUCCUUGCAAGAGCAGCUCGACCGCAAGUCCCGCGACAACCAAGAGCUCACGAGUUUACUUGACGAGCUCAUAGCUAAAAUGGGCCCGUCUAAAUGAGAACAGGAAGCCGCUGCUGCAGCGGCCUCGAAGAUACCCGUCUGGAAGCGCAAAAGUUACCCUACAUAAGACCGUAGCACCCAUAUGGACGCUAAGAAAUUACCUUUCAAAAGAAUUGAGUACCCGCUUAUUUGCGCCAAAGUCACCCUGCAUUCGUCGAAAAAGCCCAUCAGUCAUAUGAAAAUUACAUGACAUUAUUUAUACAAAGCCCUAAACAAACGGAGAAUGUGAGCUAGAUUUCCAUUAAUGUGAUCGUAUAGUAGCAGGUUUAUGGGAGAGAGAUGCGUUAAAAUGAAUACGUUGAAGAUUGCAUAGCAUUGAAAUGAAAAUAUGCUGAACUGUAUCAUUUUAAAUUUGACAAUAUUUCCAUAAAUAAAGACGAAACCCAUCGUCGGAUGCUUCAUAUUUGAUAUCGCAAAGUUCUCGAAUUAGUCAUUUUUUACAAGUUAGUACACUUUUUCCCGCUGAAAUAACAAGGUGAUUCUAAGUGCAUCUACUCUGAUAAUUCCGCAAACUUGAAAACCAAUCUGAGAUAAGAAGAUUAUUUUCUGGAACGUAAUUUCUGUAAACGGAUUCCGUAUUGGACAUCGUUUAACCGACAAGCUGUACAAGUGCUGCUGUGCUGAACUCAAUGAGCGCAACAUUCUUAUCUCUUGCACUUGAUUGCUAGCUUGAGAACGUGAUAUAUAUCAAAAUUCCUCUUUUGAGACGCAACAAGCGUUAAGAAAUCCUCUGCGAAACGAAAGAAUGACUAAAACUUUGCUUAAUGUUAACUGCAGGAAGUUAUCUGACAAAACAUUUUAUUCGUGAUCUGCAUUGCUUUCCAUUAGCUCUUAGUACGCAUCAUGGAGGAAAGCUGAUAUAUAAUGAAAAUUUGUUCAUAUUGUAUGAUUGGCGCAACGGCAAUGAAGAGACACUAUUGCAUUGUAUCACAUUAUAAUGACAGGUUGAGUUGGAGGUUUUAUGUUUUUUUUCUGUACACUUGAACUUUAACUGACCUGAUAUUUUGUUCCCAUAUACCUGAAGAUAUAAAGCAGUCUGGUUAUGUGGAUACAUCCUAAAUUUUAAGCUACAUUUAUUGAAAGUUCGUAAAAAUUCUCGCCACUGAACAGUGAAAAUGAAACGUCAAAAUCUGGUUGGUGAUCUCGGAUUUCUUCCUUCUCGGUUUUUAUGUAUGAACGGCAAUUGCGGACUUGCGAUUAAUUUUGAUCUAAUUUCAUUCCAUGAAUGAGGUUUUUUACGUAUACCAGACGCUGUCCUCGAGUUAUUUCUUCUAUAAACGUGUAGAUAAUCGUCACGCUGUUAUGCAAGUCGCAUAAAUCGGCCUGGAAUCGUGAAAUUUUCUAGAAUAUAAUAGAUACGUCAUUGUAUAUCAUGUAUGCAUGUUCAUUUAUUUUUCUAUAGUGUUGUGAUAGUGAUGUAUCUACGUGCAAAUUAUGUAUAUUAAUGCUUUUGAUGUUGUUAUAUUAUGCAUCUAAUAUCGACGUAGACGUAAGUGUAAAUACCGUUAACUUCUCACUCUCGCUGCAGCUUUUUUUUAUGCUUCUAUUCCGGAAUGGACAGUUCCCGCCGUCUUCAUAACGCGCAUUGAUCCUGGUGUAAUGCAAUGACAAAACGUUGAAAAAACAUUAAUAUGUGACACGUAAAAGAUUAUUAAGGGCUACAGAAAUCGCGACAAGGCAGACUAAAUAAACCACUUGUAGCUCCAGCGCAUGCUCUGCUCUAUCUAACGGGACGCGUUCAGUGGAAACGAAAUGGCAUAAUUGCAAAUUAUUCCUGAACUAUUGACUACACUGAUUUUACUUGAUGGAUCAAAUCUAAUUAUUUUUAUAAACCGCACACAUUCCUUGCUCAUUCAAGUAUCCGCCGUCCUUAAGAUUUUCUUCAUAAAUUUUUAUGAAAUUAUUCAUUUCUAUCAUUGAUUUUUUCCUAGAAUGUCCAUGUUAUUCAUCUGUAUUUUACAAAACUUGUAAAACUGUCCGAAGUGCCUGUGAGGAGAAUUCGUGGUCUUCAGCCGUAUGUUCCAUACCUUUAUUCUGUAAAAAUCUAUUGUAAGAUGCACCAUUGAUCUUGUAUAAUCAAUAUUGACGCCAGUCAUCAUGCAUGAAAUACCAUGAUAUUGUAAAAAUGCGUCAUUUAUCAUGUAAACUUACCAUGAUAUUGACAUGAUAUUGGUGACAAUUAUUCUAUGGUAUGAUAUUCAUACCAACAAAUCCCAUCACGAUAUUGUUGGACGCGCUUGUGAGAUCUUUCUUCUUACGUAUCUUGUCCUCUGCGUACGAAGAUUGUGAUGAACUUGUCACUAUAUUUACUUCAUGUCUGACUUCAACGUCUAAUCAAACCAACUUCUUGAAAUCAAUUAUUCGGUAAAAAAUAUUUUGACUAUUCUUCAUACCUUCUGACUCCUUAUUUUUUAUUUUCUUUGACGUUUGAGGAAGAAAGAUAUCUUCCAGAAUACGAAGAGUUAAUUAUUUUCCUGCCUGAUGAUCAACACAUUCAUUUGUGUUUAUCUAACUUGUAUGUUAUAAAGUCAUUUUAAAAUGCUCUUCUUCUAACUCCAUUUCUUCUUUUCAAUUUCCUUUCCUGUAUUCAUCAUAACAUUUCAUGCACUGAUAUGACAAACUCGGUAAAUGUUGAGUUAAAUAAAAAUUAAUAUGCCAGUAUUUCUCGUGAGGUUGUGAAGCUUUUUUUCCUUCUAUCAGACUUGACCUGGAUCGUUGUACUCUACAUACCUACAUUGACUACAUUUCCCAAUAAAGUAAUGCUGGUACAUC